AUGGCCGCAACAACAACACCCUCCUCUUCUAACAAGAGGCCGAAAACCAUGGCCACCACCAGUCAGUUUCUCCAAUCGCUCGCCUCCCGCCCAGUCGAUUUCCUACAGCCAACUCUGCCCCUCCAUACCGAUGCAGUCGCAUACCUCAAGCACAUCCUCGAUCCUAUCGCGAAGGAUGUCGCCACACAGCAGCAAGAGCGCUUGAAGCAAGAGCGGAAGAAGCGGAAACGGCGCGGCGAAGAUCGGGACGAGGAGGAGGUUUUGAGGUUGAAGCAGAUCCAUACCGAUGGCUUUGGCGUAGAGCAGAUCUGGGAGCAAGCGCGAAGAGUUAUUGAUGCUGCCAGGGAGGAAGCGCAACGAGAGUACGCCGAAUGGACGAAGAAGCCGGAAGCGCAGAAAUCUGACGAGGAUGUCAAUCUUGCCGAUCAGAGCAUGUUCGACGAGGAUGAUCUGGAAGAUGAAGAUCUCGGCGUGGAAGGUGAAGACUAUGAAAUCGAGGGUGUGGACUCUGGCGAAGAGAUGUACGAGGGCAGCGAUGUGACUGGCGAUGACGAGAAAGACCAAGUUCUAGAGGAUGACGACGAGGAUAUCGACAUGGACGGCCACGACGACUUCGACGACAUGGAGGACGAUGAGCCUGAAGAAGAGCAGCCUGCGGAGGAAUUCGUUGCAGACAAAUUCGGACUCAACGAUGGCUUCUUUUCGAUUGACGACUUCAACCGGCAGUCGGAGUUUCUGGAACAGCGACAAGUACGAGGCGAAGAUGACGGCGCCGCUAGUGAUGAAGAGGAUAUUGACUGGGCUGCAGAUCCGACACAAGCUGUAGCGACCGUUGAUACCGAAGAUGCAGAAGCUGGUGCUGAUGAAGACGAGGAAGAUGGCCCCACGUUCGGCGACCCUGAUGCGGAAAGCGAAGACGAGGAUGAGGAAGUGGAAGAAGGCGAGCUAGAUGGCAUGGGCGGCAUGGCGAACACCAAUGAUGUCAUGUACAAGGACUUCUUCGCGCCUCCAGCACAGAAGAAGAGCAAGAAAGACAAGAAAGGCCGGCUGAAUCCCCACAACUUCCCAGCAUCUGCGGCACUAAACCCGCAGAACGAUGAAGAGCGCGAAGAGGACAUGCAGAGGACCAUGGAAGCUGUACAUCGCGAUCUAUUCGACGAGUCUGAAGAAGAGCCCGAUGAGCAUGACGAAGAACAAGACCCAGCAGAUCCACGAUCGAGGAGGUCAGCACACGAGAGGAGAAAGGCUGCAAUAGCGGAAGAGAUCCGGAAGCUUGAGGCCGCCAACGUUGCAAAACGAGACUGGCAGCUGUCUGGUGAAGCACGAGCGACCGACCGUCCUGUCAACUCGCUUCUCGAAGAAGACCUUGAAUUCGAACGUGCAGGCAAGCCAGUGCCAGUGAUCACGGCAGAAGUCAGCGAGUCAAUAGAAGAGCUCAUCAAACGUCGUAUCCUGGCGCAUGACUUUCAAGAUAUACCGCGAAGGCGGCCGGAUGACCUCGCAACAGGAAAGGACGGCAAGCGUGGACGUUUGGACUUCGAACUCGACAACAACAAGAGCAAGAAGGGUCUGGCAGAAGAGUACGAGGAAGAGUACAGCAAGCGCACAGAUCCGAACUACGUCGAUGUCAAGGAUGAAAAGCUGCAGAAAGAGCAGAAAGAGAUCGAGGCUCUCUGGCGCGAAGUCUGCGGUCAGCUUGACAGCCUCUCGUCUUGGAACUUCCGACCUAAACAAGCCGCACCUCAAAUGGACAUCCGUGUCGACGCACCCACCAUCACCCUCGAAGAUGCACGACCCAACGCUGGAGGCGAAGUCGCGACAUCACAACUUGCGCCGCAAGAGCUGUACAAAGCCGGUGAGGCCUCUAACAAGAAGGAGGAAGUCGUUGGCAAAUCUGGUCUACCGAAGGCUAGAGAGGAGAUGGAUCGCGAUGAGCGAAAGCGCAGAAGGAGGAGAGAAAAGGAGCGCAUCAGGAAGGCUGGCACGAACGAAGCACCCGAGACGCAGAGUAAGAAGACGAGGGAGAAGAAUGGUGUCAUUGGUGACCUUAAGAAGGGUAAUGUUAAGGUUAUUGGGAAGAAGGGCACGCUUACGGAUGUCGAGGGGAGGAAUGCUGUUGAGAGGGGAAGUGGGCAGGGUGCUGGGCAGUAUAAGUUGUAG